CAGUACGCCUGCUAGUUCAUAUUUGACACGGUGUAAGACAUUGAUCGCCCAACGUUCGAGUGCAACAGACAACAGUACAACAGUCGGGCGGCGGGUGACUUACUUGCCUGUAAUAUAGGCGCGGGCGACAUUGCUGUGGGCACCGAAAAUUGAUUUCGAACAGCGUUUUCCGCCGUUUUCGAGGAAACACAACUGCGCGAACCAUGGGUGCUAGGAUGUGGAUUUCGUCGUCUGUGAUUUUACUCCUCGGCGUCUGCGUGACGGAACAAGCGUAUUUUCUGGAAGAAGAUUUCAUCGACAGCAUCAACGAAAAGGCGAAGACGUGGAAGGCCGGUAUUAACUUCGAUCCAAACACACCGAAGGAAUACAUCGUCAAACUUUUGGGAUCGAAAGGAGUACAAGUCCCACACAAACUCAACCUUAAAAUGUACAAAACAGACGACGAAGCUUACGUGAACCUGUUUGGCAGAAUUCCGAAGAAGUUCGACGCGAGAAAAGAGUGGAGACGGUGUAUCACUAUCGGACAAGUCCGAGACCAAGGAAACUGUGGAUCGUGUUGGGCGCUCGCUACGAGCUCAGCGUUUGCCGACCGGCUGUGUAUAGCCACGAACUAUGAAUUCAACGAACUGUUAUCCGCAGAAGAGUUGACUUUUUGCUGCCAUCUGUGCGGUUUCGCGUGUCACGGAGGUUACCCGAUUAAAGCUUGGAGUUAUUUUAGGCGACAUGGUAUCGUGACAGGAGGAGAUUAUCAAUCGGGAGAGGGUUGUGCGCCGUACCGAGUACCGCCUUGCUUUAGUGAAGAAGAUGGAAAUAACACGUGCAGAGGUCAGCCAAUGGAAAAACACCACAGAUGCACGAGGAUGUGUUACGGAGAUCAAGAAAUCGAUUAUGACGAUGACCACAGAUUCACGAGAGACUAUUACUACCUCACAUAUGCAAGUAUCCAAAAAGACGUUAUGACUUAUGGACCGAUCGAAGCGUCGAUGGAGGUGUACGACGACUUUCCCAGUUACAAGUCAGGUGUUUAUGAAAAAUCGGAAAAUGCUACAUACUUGGGAGGACAUGCCGUGAAGUUGAUCGGUUGGGGUGAAGAAGACGGAGUCCCGUACUGGUUGAUGGUCAACUCUUGGAGCGAAAUGUGGGGGGACAAGGGUCUUUUCAAAAUUCGACGAGGGACGAACGAAUGCUCAGUCGAUAAUUCGAUGACUGCUGGUGUUCCAGUGGUUUACUAAGUGAUACGCAUACGAUUACAACUAAUUAAAAUAUAACGUAGUUUAUAGCUUAGGAGUUAGGUUUAAAUGUUCAAUACAAUCGGAUUAAAAUAUUCAGUUCUAUUGAAAAAACGUUAUUAUUUUCAUGAUUGCUCACUGUCAGUUCUAACCACGCUGUAGAUUUUAUUUUAUGUUUAUCGAAUUAAUAUAUUUUUACAUGUCAAUAUUUCCCAAGGAGAAAAAUAUUUUUAUUUUUAUAUUUUUUUUAACUAUCAAAAAUACUUCUCUCACACACUAAAGAUUUAGUAAAAUACAUGUUCAAUGCUUUUAUGAUCAAUAAUAUAACUGUUCAAGCUGUCACAUUAUAUCGAUUAUUUUUAUUAUGUAGGUAAGCUUUUUUAUGUUAAAAUAUUGUCAUCAUUGCUCAAUGACAUAAUAUAUACGUAGCCUUAAAACACUUACAAUAUUAUCAUAUUGUUUAUUAUCACUGUAAACGAUUGUUUUACACACACCACAUACAUGAUAUUAUGACUGUACAAAUAUGCUUGAGAAAUUGAGUAAUGCAUUUAUUAACACGGAUUUUAUUUUAUACGAUCAAUGAACGUUUUAACUUCAUAUUCCAUAAUACAACAUAAUAUAUUAGACAAUAUCGUUCACA